ACACUGUGGGCUUGUCAUAAAUGUACCUCUGUUAUGCUAUUUUCUAUGAAGCAUUAUGCAAACAUACCCUGACCAACUUCCCACGCGUUUUGGUGCGGUGGGUGUAGACUGCUCAUCUCCAUGUCAGGACACGCAAAGCUUAGCACUCGCUAAACAUGUCUGCUUGCUUAUAAUUCGCUGAUAUUUACUGAAGCGUAUCAGCAGCCCGUCGCUGUUAUAUAUGUCGUUACACAAACAACCAAGGGCGAAAAUGCGUACGUUUGUCAAAAGCGAAACUGAGAAAAAUCUGCGUUUGGAUUGAAGCGCGAGCGACAUAUAACGUUAACGUUAGAUCUGACUUCUCUACUGACUUUCGAUUGUCGCGUGCAGAUCAACAUGGAGACCUGCGUCGAUCAAAACCAAAAUGACACCAUCAAAACAAAUUCGUGUUUCGAGAAGACGUUUUCGUCCAUGACUGUGGACGAUGUGUAUGAAAUCGCUAAAGUGGUGGGAUUUGAGGUGGAGAAAAUUAUCGACAACUAUGGCAAGGAAAGCGUGGAGGGUCUGGUGACUCGGAUAGUGAAAGUGCUCGAGCUUUUGGAAAGUUUCGCGGCGAGGAAUCAAGCACAUAAAUGUAAAGAAGAGGAGCUACUGAAGGCCUUUGAGACGAUACACGUACAACAGCAGAAGAAACGACACGUGAAGGAUUGUGAUGAGACGAACACCACAUCAGACAGUCGGGACUGGCAUCAGAAAGAGCAGAAACUGAAGCAGACUGUUGAUGGGUUGCAGGCUCAGGUGCAACUGCUAAAGGACGAAAACCAGGAGCUUCUGAACCGCUUGCAAUGCACGCACUCGAAAGAGGACCGCACGCAGCGGCAGGAGCGAGAGGUGAUGCUCAAGCUGAAGGAGGUGGUCGAUAAGCAGCGUGAUGACAUACGGGCGAAAGUUCAGGAGAUUUCCAACAUGUCCAAAGAGAUCGAAGCGCUCCAGGAACAGCAGGAUCGGUUGAUAAAGAUUAACGCAGAGCUCAGACACAAGCAGACCGUCAUACAGACACAGCUGAAGACUGCAGUGGAGAGGAAAGCUGACAUGGAGGCCGACCUGUGUGAGAAACAGAAGGAGAUAGAACGACUGAUUUCACAGAUAGAGAAAGCCAACGUCCAUACUGCUGCUAACACGAAAAAAUCGGCCAUUGACCUCACAGAUAAGAUGAUCAUUGACUUGAAAGAUCCAAAUCGGCCAUGUUUUACCAAGCAGGAAGUACGGGACAUGAUUUUUGAGAGGAACGAGUUGAAGGCCAAUCUCUUUUUAGUGAAAGAAGAACUUGCGUAUUAUCAAAGGGAAAUCCUGAACGACGAGAGAUGUCCAGGUUUCUUACUCGAUGCUGUGCGCUCUGCCAUUAAAAAACAGAGAACUGUCAUCAAGUCUAAAAUGCUCGGCAUACCUGUUAGCGAAUGUAACACUGAUGAAACAGAUGGUCCACUGUUUGAGAGGAGCGGAGAGGAACAUGAAGAUAAUGACACUGAUAGCACAAACAGACCCCAAGAAUCACGCAUCAGAAACCUAUUUGGCUUUCUUACGCGGUCCAGUUUUUCCCGGAGCACUGAAUCCCAGUCUUCCCAGUCUUCCCUCCCGACAUCCAGCUCCACCUGGGAAAUCCUUGAACCAGAGGAGCAGGAAAAUGGGGAGGAGACACAGAUCCUUUGCUCCUCCUAAACAACCUCACUUGUCACAAUGAGAAGCUCUCGUUAUCUGGGUGUGAUGAACAGAAGAUUGUAUUAAAAGAUUAAGGCAAAAUCUUGGACUGAUGGUCAUACGAGAGGCAAGCUGAGAUUGUCAGACCAACACUCACACACUUCCCAUUAUUGUGUGUGCAGUAGCAUAAUUAAUUGGGCUUUGUAGCGCUUUCAUAACUUUUACUCUGUUUAAGUGGUCCAAUUGAUAAACCAGAGGUGUGCAUUUAGGGUGGGACUGACUGUAAUAAGCAUUGAGUGGGAGAUUGGCUAGUUCAUUUAACCAAUGGCAGAUGGGUGCCUGUGUGCUUGGGAGUAUUUCUGUAAUUAUAAUAUAUAUUAUAAUUUUAGCAAUUCAAGUUGUUGCAAUCAGUGGCACACUAAAUACUUCCCUUAUAAUGCUGCAGAACUGAAGCACUUAUAAACAAUGGAAAUGAUAUACAGUAUUUUAAAAUUAGUACUCCAUUGACAUUUAUUCAUUUUCAGAUGCUUAAUCCAAAGCGAUUUAACAGCCAACAGUAUACAAAGCUAUACAAACUUUACCUGGCAUUAGUACAGAUAGACCACAGAUGUCUAGGUAGAAUUUGUUUUCAAUUUGCUCAGAAGUGAUACAGAAUUUUACUAGGUAUUUGUUAAAGAGAGUAUAUUUUACAUGCUUUAAGUUUUAACCAAAGAUGCUAAUAUGUAUUGACAUCAUCAGAGAUAAUCGCAGUGAACCUUUUAUGUCACAAGAGGGCAUUCAAGUGUUUUGUAUUGUGUUUUUUUAUUCGUAAUAUGCAUCCCUAUGAGUAUUUUACCCUAAAAAAAAAUCUGUUUUGUACCCAUUUUAUAGUUUUUCAGUGUGCCUAUACUAUAUGUAUAAUUCGAUAAAAA